GAAAAAAAUAAAAAGAAAAAAAAAAUUAAUUGCAAAUAUAAUGGAGUUCACUCUAGCAAGCAUUAUUUCAAAUUUGCUAGUUCUGCAACUCAGAUAUCUCAACGGUGAAACCGAGAAUUUUUUCUCGAAAGUCAAAUUUACCCUUCAAACCCUUCAAAAUUCCGUCUCGGUCAAAUGGAGCAAAACGCAAUUCAUCGCCGAUCACACUGCCACUUCCGAUGAAACGAGAGUACUACACGUGGCAUGUUGCAAUAAGACAACACUUGACGAUGAACUACACGUGUCGGAAAUUGAUUGGACGGUGAGUAGAGUGCUGGGCGGAAAGGAGAACUUCUACUUGGAGGGUAAUAAUGGAAAUCAAAGUAGUAGUGGUUUAUGUACAUCAGAAGAUGAUUUAGUGGGGUUGUUCGACGACGAAGAGCCUAGUUUCGAGGAGAUUAAGGAAACUUUUGAGGUGUUUGAUGCAAAUAAGGAUGGGUUUAUUGAUGCAUGUGAAUUGCAGAGAGUACUUGUUUGUGUAUUUGGUUUGGAGGGUAGUGGAUGUAAUUUGGAAGAAUGCAAGAGGAUGAUUAAGUCUUUUGAUGCUAAUGGUGAUGGGCUAAUUGAUUUUCAAGAAUUUGUGAUAUUUAUGGAGAAAUGUCUUUGUUGAUCGAGCUCUAACGAUAUUAUAUAUAUGAUAUGAUAUGAAUAAGUAUUUUACCGAGUUAAUUACUAUUUCCUCCGUGUUAUUUUAUCUACGUUUUUUAGUGCGAUUAUCUAUGUCGUUCAAUCUAUGUAUAUUCGUCUCUCAUUUCAGCUAAGGUAAA